UCACAGAUCACGAUUGGAAUCAUUCGGAAUGAAGAGGUCUUGAAUGAUUUGGUUGGCAGCGAUUCAGAUUCAUAAAUUUGGUGAAAUCUUGAGGUGUAAAGCUAUCCGGUGAGAUUGGUGGUUUACGUCGGGUUUGGCCCGGUGGAGCGAGUACAAUACCUUGUGGGAGCCCCUCCUAGAGAACGAGAACACCACGAAGGGAGAUAGUAGACGAGUGGUGCCGUUAAGAUACCACACGAUGAUGAUGUCAAUCCUUGGCCAGGAAAAGAAUACCACAGCUGCCAGAGUGAGUGAGAGAAGUCUGUCUAUCCUGCUCCGAGUGGGUUUUAAAGUUGACCUCUGUGAAUUAAGUUGUGCUUGACUUCUGGGUUUAGGUGAAAAAGAUGAGGAUAUGGAUUUUGGGAUUGUUUCUCUGUUUGAAUAAGCUGUCCUACGUUAGCACCAAGCCACAAGGUUUGCCGCCUCAAAGAUUGUCAUGUACGAUCCCCAAUGUUGGAUUAGUUGGCGGAGAUCUGAAAGAAGCGGAGGGUGGAGGUGGGAUUCGGGCCAAGAACGCCGAAGAGUGCAAAUUUCAAUGUGAUCGACGGGCUCAAUGUCGUUUCUGGAGCCACGUGGACGAUUGGAAGAUCAACUGUUAUCUCAAAGCCGAAGCCGGUGAGGAACGCAAGAUCGAUGGAGCCACCACGGGUUGGAAAGGCGAGGGUUGCGCCGAAAUCACGGUUCUGGAACUACCGCACUCACAGGGACUCUUGGACAAUUCAGGUUGUCGAUUACCGGGGAUGGCGCUUCUCGGGGGAGAUCUGACUCCCAGUCAGAAUGGUGAUGGAAUCACGGUCCGAUCUUUCGUGGAAUGCCGGACUGCUUGUCGGAAUCAAGAGGGAUGUGAGGCUUUUACAUUCGUCAAAGAAUGGGACGCCAAUUGCUUCCUCAAGAACGGUCGAAUCGAAGAAUCCGAGUUUGAAGGUGCCAUUUCGGGCACUUUGUCAGCUUGCGAGGACUCGGAUCGGAAGCAACUUGUACGGCUACCCUCCACCAGUCAAUCCAACUCUAAUCCCAACCAAAGGCUCCCUCUUCCUUCAAGUCAAACAACCCAAAGAAGACCCCCAAUCGCCGCCCAACGACCCAUCCAAUCGACCCAACGACGACCCCCUUCAAUUCCCCGGCGACCCCCUCCAAUUCCCCGGCGACCCCCUCCAGUUGCGUCCAAUAUCAACCGAUUCAGUCCAACUCAACCACCCCCACCAGCCCCUGCAGCCCCCUCCGUCCAAUUUACCCCAAGUGGCGGAAACACUGGACCUGAGUGCACUUUUGACAACACCAAUUUCCUCGGGGGCGGUCUUCCUGAGGAGGAAGGGGGUCAAGGCGUGGAAGUCCCAGAUCCAGAUGCAUGCUCCCAAAAGUGCCAAUCGACACCCACUUGCACGCAUUGGACGUACGUUGCCAAAUGGAAGGUCAAUUGCUAUCUCAAGUCCAGGCUUGGAGAGAAAACUGAAUUUGAAGGCGGCAUCUCUGGCACUUACGGAUCCAGUUGUGACGAUUCCAGGUUAGGAGGAACUGGAGGAGUCGGAGAGAGUGAAGGCGGGAGCUCAACUGCCUUGGAAGUACCUUCAGUGACUGGCCAAAGCAGCCAAAAGUUCAUAACCAGUGGAAAUGGUGAGGAGGAACAAGGUUUGCGACAAGACGACUUAAUUAAAUCAACUUAUCCUGACAUUCGUUCAGGGUGCAUUUUUGAAAAUACCAACUUCCUCGGUGGUGGAUUAAGUGCUGAGGAAGGCGGACAAGGGGUCGAGGCCACGGAUCACCAAACUUGCGCUGAGACUUGCCAAAGGAACCCCAGGUGUCAUUACUGGACGUUCGUUACCCAAUGGAAGGUUAAUUGUUACCUAAAAUCCCGACUAGGCGAGAAAUCAGAGUUUGAGGGAGGUGUUUCCGGUACCUUUGGAGACAGAUGCAAGUCAGCGAAUGGAAAUAGUCUGGAUGGAACCGCCAAGGUCCAGAGAAUUGGAGAUGAGUGCAUUUUCCAGGAAACCAAUUUCCUUGGCGGAGGCCUGCCAGCUGGAGAAGGAGGCCAGGGCAUUGAGACGAAUGACUACGAAGGAUGUUCCAAGGAAUGUCGCCAAAGACCCCAAUGUCACUAUUGGACUUUUGUGGAGAAGUGGAAGGUCAAUUGUUAUCUGAAAUCCAAGUUGGGCGAGAAAACGGAAUUCGAGGCCAUUUCUGGAACUUAUGGAAAUCGUUGUGAUAGCGAGGUUACGGACAACCAACCGUUCCCUUCUCCCAUAUCCAGUCCUAGUUCGUCAAAUUUUGCACAACCUCAAGUUCAGGCCAAGGAACUGGUCAAGGACGGAGCCGGAUGUCGAUAUAUGGGCGUGAAUCUCUUGGGUGGAGACCUGCCCCCUCAAGAGGGUGGAUACGGAAUCGAAACGGCAAGUGCGGAUGCAUGUCGAGUGGAAUGCGGGAACCGGCAGAACUGCAAUUUCUGGGUGUUCAUCAAAGCCUGGAAGAUCGGCUGCUACCUCAAGGAAAAGAAGGGACCCGAAUCGGCCUUUGAAGGAGCGAUUUCUGGAUCACUCUUCAUUGGAUGUGAGGAAGAGGCCAAGGAUGAAUUGGGCGAGACGGGAGAGCCUCGAGAUAAUGAUCAUGAAUGCGCUUAUGCGGACACCAACCUUCUUGGAGCCGAUCUUCCGGCCAAAUUUGGCGGACUGGGUGUAAAUUCGCCAUCGGCUGAUGAUUGUAGAAUUAAAUGUGUUCAACAACGGUAUUGCAAGCACUGGGUCUACGUUGCGGAUUGGAAAGUGAAUUGCUACUUAAAGUCGGACAAAGCCACGCAUCAAAAAAAAGAAGGCUCGGUAGCUGGAUCGAUUGGCAUUCGUUGUUUGAGUGGAGCUGUGUCUUUAGGCAGUGUUUCUGACACUGCGGGAUCAGCUCCGAAGAGUACUGCCAACUUCCAAACGACCGGACAAACUCAUUUCAACCCUCCUGUUGUGGUGGCUCCAACUAAUAAUCGGAAAGAUCACUGCGCUUAUCCAGGAAUGAAUUACCAAGGGGGUGAUCUGAGCGACUCACAGGGAGGAAAUGGCUUGGAAACAUCGUCGCCUGAGGAUUGUGCGGCCCAAUGUGACAUCAGGAGUGAAUGCCAAUUUUGGACCCAUGUGAAUGGUUGGAAGGUUAAUUGUUACCUGAAAUCUUCCUUCACAAGUUUUGCCGCCAAAGAAGAUGCAACAUCAGGCUCAAUUGGAGUUGAGUGCCAAGAAUCUGCCGUGAGCAUCACCCCCGCCAAAAUUGCCGCCACCCCUGACGCGUCCUUGCCCGCCGGCAUCCCAUCCACCAAGGUCCCCAAGAAGCCCACCACUCAAACUGACAACGUGUGCUUCUUCCAGAACACCAACAUCAUUGGGGGUGACCUGAGUGAAGGCGAGGGCGGCGAUGGUGUUCAAACGGACAAUCCCAAUGAUUGCGCCAUUGCCUGCUAUCGAAACGACAAAUGCGUCUACUGGGUCCAUGUUCCCGGUUGGCAACGCAACUGCUUCCUCAAGUCUCAUUUCUUGGAGGAGGAAUCUACCACCGGCAUCACCUCCGGAUCCAUUGGCUUGGCGUGUGAAUAAUCAAAAUGACAACAACUCCACAAUCUCUUUCUCCUUGCAAUACAUACUCUCACUUCUA